AUGCGUUUGGCCAUCAACUGGCUCGCUCCCUUUGCGCUUGCAGUGGCCGCGAUCGACGUCCCGGUCGACGUCGGCGUUGGCUGCGUCUACGACAAAUCCACCGUGUACCCGAGCCCUAUGGACGACGGCGUGGCCGCCUUCUCGUGGACUGUCUCGAACGCGACGGCGUCGUUCUUCCGACUGCAUUUUGACGACUUUGCUCUGCCGCCCAACGACUAUGUCCGCCUCUCGUCGCUCGAAGUUGAGAGUACGGAGCUUCCCGUGCUGCUCUUUGGCCGCAACUACUCGGGCUCGUUUGACGCGCCGGCGAUUGCGACGAGCUACCUCCGCGUCGAGCUCUACACUCAACAAACCACCAAUACGACGGGCACUUGCUAUGGGUUUCGGCUCGGCUCGUACAACACCGAGAUCGAACGUGCUCGCAACGAAAGCAUUUGCGGCAAGGAUCGCUCGGUCGACGCGGUCUGCCUCGAGGGCAACCCCGUCGUGUCCCAGAAGGCCAAAGCGAUCGCGCGGCUCGUCAUUCGGCGCAAGAACCAGCUCUUUGGCUGCACCGGCUGGCUCCUCGGCUGCGAGGGCCACCUCAUGACCAACCACCACUGCAUCUUUGACGCUGUCGACGCCAACAAUACGAAAAUCGAGUUUUUGGCGCAGGCCAAAGCGUGUCCCGGCCCCGACGGCCCCGAUGUGUGCAACCGGCCACUGUCUUGCCGCGGUAUCGAGUACACGGGCGCCAUUACGUUUGUUGCUACCAACGUCGACCUUGACUACACCCUCCUCAAGCUCGACACGUCCGUGGCGACGACGUACGGGUACCUCAAACUCCGACCGGCCGGUCCCCGCCUCGGCGAGCCGGCGUACCUCGUGACCCACCCCAUGGCGUGGGGCAAGCGCAUUGCGUUCAAGGACGCCAAAGGCACAGCGCUCCUCCGCGUCGGCUCGGAUUCCGAGGUGAGCUACGACCUCGACACGCAGAAAAUGUCAUCCGGAUCGCCCGUGCUUUCGUAUCUUGACCACUCGGUCGUCGCCCUCCACCACGCAGGCUACGUCUUCUGCCCCAACCUCGGCAUUAUGAGCCACCUCUUGCACAACGACUUGGCCAAGCGCCAGAUUCUGCCGAGCUACUGCGACGACAAGAAGGGCUAGCAUGACUAAGAUAUGCCUAGUUGUCAAGCACACA